CUAGGCUUAUAAAUAUACAACAUCUCAACUGCAACACGGCAGAUAUAUCUGCGUACACUUAGUAUGGGUAAGACGUCCUAUACACAGACACCGUGAACCACACUACAACCCUGCGAGGCAGGUUUUGCUCUGAACGAAGCUGGACGAUUUACCUUCGCUGCGCACGACGGCAUACUGUCAAACAGUAUACACAGGGUCUGUGUGAAACCGUGCAAGUCUCGCCCUAGAACAUGGACGUCUUUGGACUGUUCAACCUGCCCCUCUGGGUAAUCAUUUUGGUAGCGGUGUUAAUCCUGUUUUACCGCUAUCAGACCAAAAAUUUCGGCGUUUUCAAAAAGAUGGGUGUCCCGUUCCCCAGCCCGUGGCCUAUGAUGGGGAAUGCUCGUGUUGUCUUCAAAAAGGGAUUCGUUGAAGCGUAUGAGGAGUGGUUUAAAACUUACGGGCGGGUGUUUGGCCAUUUUGAAGGUCAACAACCCAUGCUGGUUGUGGGUGACCUGGAUAUGUUAAGGGAGAUAACUGUGAAGGAAUUCAACAGUUUUACCAACAGACGGGACUUCGGCGCUGCGGAAAUUGCCGAACCGCCGGUGACGGAGUUCCUAACAGUAUUACAAGAUGACGAUUGGCGCCACAACCGUAACACUCUGACCCCGGCCUUCAGCGGUGGUAAAUUAAAGAAGAUGAUUGGUAUGAUUGUUGAGGCUGGUGAAAGCUUUGUGGCCAAACUAAAGACUAAGGCAGACAAUGGCGAACCCGUGGAUAUCAAAGGGUGCACCGAGGCCUUCACCAUGGACGUCAUCGCUGCGACAGCCUUCGGAAUGAAACUGGACACUCAGAUUUCACCAGACGAUCCUUUUAUCAAAUACGCAAGGAAGUUUUUUGAUAUCAAGCUGAACAUGGCCUUCAUAAUUUUAUUUUUCUUUCCCUUUUUGACACCACUUAUCAAGAUUUUCAAGCUAGAGAUUUCCCCGAAAGUUUCUAUAGAAUUCUUCAGGAACGUUGUAAACCAGGCUCUGGAGGAGAGACGAAAAAAUCCGGGCAAAUAUUCAGAUUUCCUUCAACUUAUGGUCAACGCCAAAAAGGAAGCCGAUUCAGCGGCUGAGAAUAACGAUGGUUCCCAUAGCAACGGCGCAGUCGAUGAGGCUGGUGGGGAUGACACUGGUGGGGAUGACACCCACUGGAAGGAUAAAAGAAAAGGAAAAGGUCUGUCUGACUCUGAGAUUCUGGCAGCCUCUAUCCUGUUCUUCAUUGCUGGCUUCGACACCACAGCCUCAACACUGGCCCACUUGCUCUACCACCUGGCCUUGAAUCCUGACCACAUGGACAAACUCAUCGACGAGAUUGACGAGCACUACCCGAAUGGAAAAGCUCCAGACUACGAAACUGUCGGCAAGCUGUCUUAUCUAGACAUGGUAGUUCAAGAGGGACUGCGUAUAAAUCCUCCUUUUGCAAGGAUGGAUAGAGUAUGUAAGCGUGACGUCACUAUAAAAGGUAUCCAUAUUCCAGCCGGGAUGACCGUGGCUUUGCCUAUAUACAUGAUUCACCAUGACCCCGGCUACUGGACUGACCCGGAAGUGUUUGAUCCAGAAAGAUUCACCCCGGAAAACAAGGAGAAACACCAUCCGCUCCAGUGGAUCCCUUUCGGGUACGGCCCCAGAAACUGUAUCGGGAUGAGACUGGCUCUGUUUGAGAUGAAGGUCAUCAUUGUCCAACUCUUACAGAGGUAUAGAUUUGUCCCCAACAGUAAAACGAAACCACUGAAAUUCAAGGACAACCCUCUUCUCUCCAAUACCAAAGAUGGCGUCUGGCUAACUGCUGAACACAGGAAAUAAGUCACGUGAUCCGACUUGAUGAGAACACGUUCUCACUCGAAGUCAAAUACUUAGCGUUAAUUGGUCGACAGUGGCGAAUGGAGAUCAUGGGUUAAAGACGUUUUUUGUGUCACACUCGAGUGCACACGAGCUGCAUCCUGAUUGGCCGCUGCACUAUUUUGAAUGCGCUAUAUACACGUGACAUAUAACAUAGGCUUUACAUACACCGACGAACAUUGUUAGUAGAUGACGGAAAGAAUAUAAUAAGCAACUUGUAAAGAAAAUGGGCACAUACAUGCAUUGAUAAAAUAUAGGUAUAGAAUAAUAAUUUCCAUCAAGCCUGUAUCUAUGUGGCUUCCACUUUUCGAUACCAGCCCUUUAUAGAAAGUAAAAUAUAUAACCAAAUGACCUCGGUUUAUUCUUAUAACGUGAGUGGUAUGAUUCUUACAACUUUCUCCAAAGGCAUUUUUGGAAAAUGCAAGAUACCUAUAUCUACGCUUGAUUUGUAUAUAAGUUUUCAAUCAUAUUCGAAUAAUAAUAAUACUAAUAAUUGCAUAAAAAUCAACUGGAUUUUAUACAGUUUUUGAGUUUAGAGUAAAUGUAUAUCCUUUAAUAUAGUGCAUGGUAAAAGUGUCUCGUGCUCUAUAGUUUUAAUAGAUGUUUUAUGUAUGCAGUAUACUACAUGCAUAUCUGAUUUAUUAACGAUCAACCAGUCACAAAUGUUAAUUGUCAUUUAGGCGCAGCUCUGGUCCAUUUAAAUGUAUACAAAUGUGUUAGUAAAAUAUUAUCUCCCAAAAUUUGCUCAAAGCUCACUUUAAAUGGCUCAGAAGAGCGAUUUGCGCAAAUAUUUCCAUUCUAACGAUUUAUUGCUAUAACUGCAAAAAUAUGCCUCCUGAAACCAAAAUCAUUCUUUUAGUUUCCUUUCACAAUAUUGUUCUGCAUACUGUCAUUUUGGUUCCAGGAGAUAUUUUGCAGAAAAUAUUUAAGUAUUACAACUUAAAGAUUCUGCGUUCGUUAUGGAUAUUUUGAAUCUGUAAUUCCACAUAAUAUGCGCUCUUCUGAGAGAGAGCAGCGCCUCUGGAAAUGAAUUCUUGUGUUGUUUAAAUCCAUCCCAAUUUCUGGUUCCAAAAUCUUUAUGUGCUUUAUGAUUUUACUAUUUUUAUUAUAUUUAUCUUUCUUUAUUUUUUUAAUUUAUAAUCACUGUAAAACAUCCUGAAUUAGUUUUUCUAUUAAAUAUACGUAUUCCCUUGUGUGUGAUUUAUUGAUGUAUUUAUUUCAUUGUUGAUUAACGCCACAUAAUCGAGAUUUUUUUCCCCUGGUACAAAAACGGUCACAGUUUUAAGAAACUAAGAAACUGACUAAGAAACUACUGCAAUAUUAUACUAAAUGAUGAACUUUCCCACGUGUAGAGACUAAGGCGCCAUAUUGGAGACAUCCCAAUCUUACAUUGUCGACCACAUAGUGUCACCAAUGCCCCCAAAAGAACAAGAACUAAUGAAUUUUGAAAUCAACGUGUGUACCAUGGGAAGCAUAAUAGAAGCGUCGUAUAAGUAAAACAUUCUUCAGUACACGACAUAAAAUAUCUAUGGAAUAAAUAAAUUAUACUAAC